AUGUCGGCUUUUCGUCUUCUCGCUUUGGUGGGAAAACACGUCCGACACGAGAAGACUGUGAAAUUGAUUCGGAAUCCACAACGGUAUGGUCUCAUCAAAGCUCGGAUGGUUGGCGCCCGGGCAGCGAUGGCAGAAGUCCUCGUAUUUUUGGACAGUCACGUAACCUGCACUCCAAAAUGGCUCGAACCUCUUCUGAUUCGAAUGGUCUCAUUUCGAGCUCGCGUGAACCACACCGUGAACACUGGAAAUCACAGAGACGACGAUUCAGAUCUAAACGCAGAACGUCUGAUUGUCAGUCCAAUCGUGUUUGACAACAAGGAAAAAGGAGAUAUCAACCGUCCGCUUUAUACGGGCGGAUUUACUUGGAAUCUCACUUUCCGGUGGGAGUAUCCCCCGAAACCGACUGCUUCGCAUAAUGCCGCCUUCGAACCUCAACUUACACCGGCCAUAUCCGGUGGUAUAUACGCCAGUUGGCGUCGCGCGUUUUUUGAGAUGGGCGGUUAUGACGAGGAAAUGAAUAUUUGGGGUGGGGAAAACAUUGAACUCUCCUUACGAACAUGGAUGUGUCAUGGUCAAAUGGAAAUUAUCCCGUGCAGUCGAGUGGGACAUCUAUUUCGCAAAAAACACCCAUACUCGUUUCCCGAAGGUAUUGAGCAGACUGUGGUGAAAAACCGGAAACGCGUGGCUCUUGUCUGGCUCACACAUGUCGAAGAUACGGAACAGCAUCGACCUCAGGAAAUUAAGGAUUAUCUCAGCUUGUUCUACGACGCUUCACCAACGGCCGUUGAGGUUGACGCCGGAUCAGUGCUUGAUCGAAAAGAACUGGCCAAACAACUCAACUGUCGAUCAUUCAGAUGGUUUUUGACCAACGUUUAUCCCAAACUACUUGAAGAAAUCGAACUGAAUACGGAGCAGUGA